AUGUCGCUCGCACCUCGUAAGCGAAGGACGGAGCGACAGGAAUCUCCAUCUGCUUUACCUCAAACAGUGAGGACUUUUAGUGGACUUGAGGAAGAGAAGAGACGAUCCCCCCGACCUCCUCCACCAGAUUCAUCCAUCCGAUCCGAAUUGUUCCUGUCUUGGUCACUCGGUGUCGCUUUGACAAUCUUAGCAUUCGUAAUUCGAUUUUGGAGAAUAGGACAUCCUUCUCAAGUCGUUUUUGACGAGGUUCAUUUCGGUUCAUUCGCUUCUCAUUACAUUAGAAGAGAAUAUUAUUUCGAUGUUCAUCCACCUUUAGCUAAAAUGUUAAAUGGUUUAGCAGCUUGGAUAGUUGGUUUUAAUGGUGAUUUUGGUUUUGAACAAAUUGGUGAUGACUAUCUCACACAUAAUGUCCCUUACGUCGGAAUGAGGAGUUUUUGCGCGAUCAUGGGCUCCAUAACUGUACCCAUCGUCUUCGGUAUUAUGAGAGAAUCAGGAUAUCCAGUUGGAAUUGCUUUACUCUCAGCUGCUUUAGUUUUAUUUGACAACGGACACAUCACCCAGACUCGACUUAUCCUCUUGGAUGCUGCUUUGGUGCUCUUCAUGGCUCUUUCCCUUUUUGCUUACGUCAAAUUCCACCAGUAUAGAUAUCAAGAAUUCACCAACUGGUGGUGGUUCUGGCUUCUUUCCACUGGAACCGGCUUAGCGUGUACUCUCGGUUGUAAGAUGGUUGGAUUAUUCACAUUCUUGACUGUCGGAAUAGCUGUUCUUUGGGAUUUAUGGACAAUAUUGGAUAUAAAGAAAGGUCAUCCUAUGUCCUACGUUUGGAGACAUUUCAUCUAUCGAGCAAUCGGUUUGAUCGUCUUCCCAUUCAUCCUUUAUCUCUCGUUCUUCUGGGUACACUUUAAAGUCCUUAAAUAUUCCGGUCCUGGAGACACUUUUAUGAGUCCUGCUUUCCAAGAGACUUUAGCGGGCAAUGAGCUAUUGCUUAAUGCCCAAGAAAUCCGAUACUUCGAUACCGUGACCUUGAAGCACAAGGACACCAAGCAGUUCCUUCAUUCACAUGCUGAUCACUAUCCAUUAAGAUAUGAUGACGGUCGGAUUUCUUCCCAGGGUCAGCAAGUCACUUGUUACCCUCACAACGAUACUAACAACCAUUGGCAAAUCCUACCUACAAAAGAAAUUCCAGAAACAGGACGAGGAAGAGUCGUACGACAUAAAGAUGUUAUACAGUUGAAGCACAUUGUCACCGAAACUCUUCUUCUCACUCAUGAUGUCGCCUCUCCUCUUAUGCCGACAAAUCAAGAGUUCACGACUGUAGGUACAGAUGAUGAGGAAAGGAAAAAUGACACCAUGUUCAAAGUGGAUAUAAUCGAUGCUCACGAAGGCGAACCUUGGAGAUCAUUAUCAGGUCACUUCAAGCUGAUUCACGUACCUACCAAAGUGGUAUUAUGGACUCAUCCAUCACCAUUACCAGAUUGGGCUUAUGGUCAACAAGAAGUAAACGGUAAUAAGAAUCAACAAGAUCGGACUACAUCUUGGUACGUAGAAGAUAUCAUUGCAGAUGGAACAGGUAACGAUUUCAAGAAUCGUACAACUCAUGUGGAACCUAAAGGAGUCAAAAAAGUUGCAUUCAUCAAGAAAUUUUUCGAACUACAAGUUUUAAUGCUUCAACAUAAUGCGGGUUUAACAUCUUCUCAUCCAUACGCGUCAACACCUGUGGAAUGGCCUUUCUGUCUGUCGGGAAUCAGCUUUUGGACAAAUAGUGAAACCAAUCAGCAAAUAUAUAUGAUUGGUAAUUUAUUAGGAUGGUGGACUUGUGCCAUUUCAUUAUCGAUUUUCGUUGGAAUCGUUAUUGCAGACAUGUUGGCCAGAAGAAGAGGAUUAGACCCAAUUGAAGAUGGAAUUCGAAAUCGGUUAUACCGAAAUACUGGAUUUUUCCUUGGAGCAUGGGCAUUCCAUUAUUUCCCUUUCUAUCUGAUGCAAAGACAGAGAUUCUUGCAUCAUUACCUCCCUGCACAUUUAGCUUCAGCUUUAGUAGCUGGAUCUGUAUUGAACUUUAUCCUAGUUGAAGUUGUCAAUUACCCUAUCAGUUAUGCUGGAUCUAAAACGAGACUGAGACCUGCUGUAAGAGCCAAACUUGGUAAAACUGGUUGGGGAGUGGUAUUUGCUUUAUUAGCAAUUAUUAUUGCUUGUUUCUUGUGGUUAGCUCCUUUGACUUAUGGUAUAACAAUGACCGGCGAGCAAGUCAACAGAAGGAAACUAUUGAGUAGUUGGACAUUACAUUUCGAAGCUAAGAAACACAAUGCGGAUUAG